AUGAAGAGUUUUUUGGGAGUUCUGGUGUUUCAAUUCUUAUUUAUCACGUUAUCGUUAGCGAUUCGUGAUAAUUUCUUUUUUACUUUUGAUUUCGAUGUGUCUGGAAAAGUUCCUUAUGAUGAAGUAAAGAGAACGGUUCCAACCGGUCCAAACAAUGAAACGUUUCCACCUUCUCCACCACAUUACAUAUCAGAUACUGGAAUAAAGAGACUGAUUUCAAGUGAUCCAAACAAUGAAACAUCUCUAGCUUCUCUAGCGGAUAUUGGAUUGAAGAGAUUGGUUCCAACCGGCCCAAACAAUGAAACGUCUCCACCUUCUCCACCACAUGUCAUAUUAGAUAUUGGAAUAAAAAGAUUGGUUCCAACCGGCCCAAACAAUGAAACGUCUCCCCCUUCUCCACCACAUGUCAUAUUAGAUAUUGGAAUAAAAAGAUUGGUUCCAACCGGCCCAAACAAUGAAACGUCUCCCCCUUCUCCACCACAUGUCAUAUUAGAUAUUGGAAUGAAAAGAUUGGUUCCAACCGGUCCAAACAAUGAAACGUCUCCACCUUCUCCACCACAUUUCAUAUUAGAUAUUGGAAUGAAAAGAUUGGUUCCAAGCGGCUCGGAUAAUGAAAUGUCUCCACCUCCUAUAUAG